AUGUCUGCAAUCUACAGUUAUCAACCAUAUCAACCGGUUGAUCAACAUCGCCAUCACUCAGGCGGGUACUAUCAACCAACUGUUGCUUCAAAUGGUUAUUAUCAAGGUCAGUACAUUCCACAAAAUGUCGCUGCUCCAAUGUAUCAUCAUCCUCAACCACAAGCUCCAGUUAUGCAACAUCAAAUUUAUGCCCAACCACCAGCUAUGGCUGCUCCUGCUGUUAAUCCUUAUAUGCAAGGAAAUGCUUAUGGUUAUAACAAUACCAAUGCAUACUAUCAAGUUCCUCAACAACAACAAUAUGCUCAACCUCAACAACAACAGCAACAACAAGAACAACAAGGGGAACACGCGGUCACUGGUGGUGUUUCUUCAGUCUUGGAUUAUGACUUGAGUGCCAUGUCUAAAUUUGCAACUUAUCUGGCUUUCAGACUGUUUGCUAGAUCUGAUACUGAAAACACAAAAUUUGUUUCAUCAUUAAAAUCAGUUUUGAGUGCUACAAGAUUACCAUUAUCAUCAUUGAUAUUAGCUAACUAUUACAUUUUGCAAAAAUAUGAAUUAGAUCCAGCUUCUUUCAAUAAUAGUGCUGAUGAAUUGAUUUAUCAAAAUGUUGUUAUCUCUUUGGUUUUAGCUAAUAAAGCUAAUGACGAUAAUACUUUUAUCAAUAAAUCAUGGGCUGCUGCUACUGGUUUGAGUGUCAAAUUAAUCAAUGUUCUGGAAGCUAAUUGGUUGAAUUUACUUGAUUGGAAGUUACAUGAUGUUCAAAUGGAGAAGUAUGAUGAAUUAAUGUUACAAUUCAACAGAUACUCUAAAGGUAAUACUACUCCUCAAAGAUCUUCAAGAUAUGUUCGUGAUCCAAUUUCACCAAUCUUGCCUUCAUCAUCUCAAUCUCCAAGAGAUAAUUCCCCAUCAAGAUUUAAUAAUUAUUCCUCAACAAAUUGGUACAGUGAAUACACUGCAACAACUCCAACACCAUAUUCAUAUGAGGGUUUCGCUCCAUCAUCAUAUGGUCAUCAGAAGAGCUAUUCAUUCAAUGAACCUGAGUAUUGCUCCAGAACGGGUUCAUACCAAAAGAUGAUGUAUUGCACAUGUCGUUAUUGUUCAACUCCUCCAAGAAGUGUUGAUUGGUCAUAUAAUGUUGCAGCUGCUUGUUGA